AUGGAGGACGCGCAAAAGGUCCUUAAGACCACGUUCGGCUUCUCGAGCUUCCGCGGCGUCCAGGCCAAGGUCAUCGAGCGGCUCCUCGUCGACAAGAAGAACGCCCUGUGCCUCAUGCCCACCGGCGGCGGCAAGUCGCUGUGCUUCCAGGUUCCGGCGCUGGUGCCGUCUCUCUGUGCGACUCGCAGCGCACGCAAAGCUAACCCAGCCUGUUCACAGUGCCUCGACGGACUCACCCUGGUCGUGUCGCCGUUGAUCGCCCUCAUGAAGGACCAGGUCGACGUCCUGCGCGCCAAAGGCGUCGCCGCCGCCUCGAUGGACUCGAGCCUGUCGAUGGAGGAGAGCAUGGCCGUCAAGCGCGACCUGCGCGAGGGCAAGCUCAAGAUCCUCUACGUCGCGCCCGAGCGCCUCAACAACGAGCUGUUCGUGUCCAUGAUCUCUGAGCAAAAGGUUGCCCUGCUCGCCGUCGAGUACGUCGCGAGGUUCGCCGUCGAGAUUGCUGCAGAGCGCGUCCUGUGCCUUACGGCGACGGCGACGCCCACGGUCGUCAAGGAGAUCUGCGACGCCGACGACGGCUUCGACAUCGACCUCGAGCACGGCGUCUUCUCGACGGGCGCCUACCGACCCAACCUGUCGCUCCUCAUCAAGCCGUGCGCCAACUACCGCUCCAAGGUCUCGGUCCUCGCGCCGUUCCUCCGCACUCGCGGCAAGGGCGCCGCCAUCGUCUACGUCACGGUCCAGAAGACGGCCGACGAGCUCGCGAGGGAGCUCAAGGAGUCGUACCAGAUCGACACGAGGUCCUACCACGCCGGCAUGGCCGCCGACAAGCGCAAGGAGGUCCAGGACUGGUUCAUCGGCGGCUGCGGCGUCGUCGUCGCCACCAUCGCGUUCGGCAUGGGCAUCGACAAGGCCAACAUCCGCCAAGUCGUCCACUUUACGAUGCCAAAGACGCUCGAGAACUACAGCCAGGAGGUUGGCCGGGCCGGGCGCGACGGCCUCCCCUCGACGUGCCUCAUGCUCCCGAGUUCGGCCGACAUGCCGAUCCUCGAGUCGUUCGCGCGCGCCAACACGCCGUCGCGCAAGUCGGUCAAGGAGUGGCUCGACGUCGUCUUCCUGUCGACGAUCGAGGCCGACGGCACCAUGUCGGCCAACCCGUACGAGCAGAGUCAGACGUUCGACAUCGGCAAGAACACGCUAUCGCUCCUGUACGCGCUCCUCGAGCUGCAGCAGGGCCUCCUUCGAGCUACGACGCCCUUCUAUUCGUCGUACCAGCUCAAGCCCUCGUCGAGCAACCCGUCGGCCUUCAAGACCAAGGUCGAGAACGACGAGUCGCCCGAGGCCGUCGCCAUUCGCGCGCACUGGAAGAAGGGCCCAACCUGGCACACGGUCGACGUCGUCCCGGCCGCCGAGGACAGCAACAUUCCGCGUGCCGACCUCGUCCGCUGCAUCUCGAGGUGGGAGCUCCACGGGCUCUGCGAGGUCAAGGUCGCCGGCGUGCGCAACCGGUACCACGUCACGGGCACGCUCCCCGAGCUCGACGAGGACAUCGACGAGCUCGCCGACAAGCUGUACAAGCAGCUGUACGACCGCGAGGAGGCCGACGUCAAGCGCCUGAGGAACGUCGUUGAUUUUGUCCGCGGCGGCAAGUGCUACGCGCAGGAGCUCGCCGAGUACUUUGGCGACCCGACCUCGGUCCCGAACGGCACGUGCGGGAACUGCUCGUUCUGCACGACCAAGGCCAAGAUCCCGUUCGAGCCGCGCUACGACGCGCCCUUCACGGACAAGCAGAUCGCGUUCGUCAUGGGCGUGUGCGGCGUGCGCGACGACCCGCGCUUCCUCGCGCGCCUCGCGUUCGGCGUCUCGAGCCCGAGGAUCACGGCGCUCGGCCUGUCCAAGCACGACGUUUACGGUUGCUGCGACACGGCCGACUUCAGCAAGCUCCUCGAGCGCUUCGAAGCCGAGUGCGCCUCGCAGGGCUUCAAGAACCGCUCGGUCCUCGCGCCGCCGAAGCAGAGCGCGACGGGCGCAGGCUCGACGGGCAAGGCGGCGGCGCCGGCCAAGCGGGGUGCGGCGGCGGGAGGAGGUGCGGCAGGAGGAGCGAAGAAGGCGAGGAAGUGA